AGGCUGGCCGCCGCGGAAGCCCCUGACGCCAUGGAGGAGUGGGACGUGCCCCAGAUGAAGAAGGAGGUGGAGAGCCUCAAACACCAGCUGGCUUUCAAGCGCGAGAUGUCCUCCAGGACCAUCCCCGAGCUCCUCAAGUGGAUCGAAGACGGAGUUCCCAAGGACCCUUUCCUGAACCCCGACCUCAUGAAGAACAACCCGUGGGUGGAAAAGGGCAAGUGCGCCAUCCUGUGAGCGCAGGGCGGACGCACGGGCGCGCACCAGGACAGCGAGGCAGACUGCUGGCGAGGCGUUUAUAAACACUUUCCAGCCCU